GGUUUUAGGGUUUGUUACUCUGCCUCGCAUCCGUCUUCCCUCUCUCUCGUCUCGACCGGCAUUGGGCGAAGGCCUCUCUUCUCUUCACCACUCGUCCUCUGUUUCUCCACCGUACCUUAAAUUUCGUGUCGCUAAUCCUCCCAUUUCCUUCGGUUAGGGUUAGAUUUAGGAUCAGGGGGGCUUCGGAGGACGGGUUUCUCUCCUCUCCUCUCCAUUUCCAUCCGAUUCCUAAAAAUGGCGCCUUUUUAGGUGCGGGGGUUGGGGAUCCCAUUUCCAGCAAUCGCAUUUACGGCUUCGAUCUCUCUCGAUCAUAAGGGUUCCGAUCCGAUGUCGCCGCCAUUCGGCGGCGCAGCUGCCGAUCCCGCCGGAUCGCGGUCGUGGCUCCGUGAUCCGGCGGUGGAGGAAGAGGAGGAGGAGGAGGUUGCAGCGGAGGGGAUCGACUUCUUCGACCAACUGCCGGACUCCCUGGUGCUCGCCGUGUUCAACUUGAUCGGCGACGUCAAGGAUCUGGGGCGGUGCUGCGUCGUCUCCCGCCGCUUCCACGACCUCGUCCCCCUCGUCGACUCCGUCCUCGUCCGCGUGGACUGCGUCAUUUCCGACGGCCCCUCGCCGUCCUCUCCCGGCGGGGACAAGGCCCGCGGCGUCUUCUCUCACCUCGCCCGCGUGGUUCUCGGUGGUCUCGUGAAGCCCUUGCAGGCCCUCGGUCAGAUACUGGGCCCAUCUUCGGCCGUCACCUCCAGCCGGAGGUAUUCGCCCUCUUCCUCCUCGUCUGAGGUCUCCCACCACUCACCGGCCGAGGUCCUGAAGAACUUUAAGGAGAUCCGCCGCCUCCGAAUCGAGCUCCCCGCCGGUGAGCUCGGGGUCGACGAUGGCAUCCUCUUGAAGUGGAAGGCUGAGUUCGGGUCGUCACUCGACAGCUGCGUCAUUCUCGGUGCAGCCUCCGUCAUCCCGUCGUCUUCGGUCUCACCGACCAAACCUUCGAGCCUCGACCCCAAACCUUGCUUCCAGGACGCUUGUGGAGAUGAUGACAGCGGGGUCAUCCCGGAAUCGUUCUACACCAACGGCAACUUGAAGCUCAGGGUGUUCUGGACGAUCAGCUCCCUGAUUGCUGCAUCAGCGAGGCAUUACCUCCUCCAGCCGAUCAUCGCCGAUCACGAGACUCUGGAGAGCUUAGAGCUCACCGACGUGGAUGGGCAGGGAGUGCUGACAAUGAAUCACGAGCAGCUGCAGGAGUUCCGGGUGAAGCCAGUGUCCGCUUCAGGGAGCUCACAGAGAACCCUAGUGCCAGCUCUCAGCAUCCGGCUAUGGUAUGCACCCCAUCUGGAGCUUCCUGGUGGGGUGGUACUGAAGGGAGCGACACUGGUGGCUGUCCGGCCAAGCGAGGAAAAGGAUAGGGACGCUGCCAUUGUUGGGGGUUGUGGUGGUCCUGUUGGGUCCUCGGACAGGUGCUGGAUCUCAAAUGCCUUUGAAGAGCCAUACAGGUCGGCAGCCAGGAUGCUUGUGAAGAGGAGGACUUACAGCCUCGAGAUGAAUUCAUUCUGAAAUCUAAGAAGAGGCUCUAUGUCGAGUUUUGGUGAACUGGAAGAGUAAGACAUUGUCUUGAGAACCAGAUGAGAACUUGUCGACUCUUCCACUCCAUCGUUAUGGUAACUCAUCUCGAGCAAUGCACUCAUGAUACUGCUGCUAAUGGUGAACUGCACUGUCAUCUGCAAAUGUGUAUGUAACAUGCUUGUUGUUAUUGAGCUCUAUCCAUAAGAAUAUGUACUAUCACUGCUGUUAACCUCGCUGUCUCCUAGCAUGUUGAUAUUGUAGUCUUUCGAUAGGCGAACACUGUCUUUGAUGAAUGAAUAUGUUUUAACUUGUAGCGCUCA